AUGCAUUUCUCUUCUGCUGCACUCCUCGCCCUUUGCUCUAUCAGCGUGACCUACGCAGCGCCUUUCGUCAAUCCCGAGGCCGAUGAGCUCGCUCGCCGCGCAACCUAUUCCGUGGUCAAUGCCGAUGAAGAGUCUUCCAGCUCAGUUGCACGUGAAGUCGACACUGUCUUCGAAACCUCCACUGUCACUGCUCCUGGUGCUGACCCAGUGCCCAUCACUGUGACUGUGACUGCCACACCUUCAAGCGUGACUCAGUCCUCGACUCCUGUGGCUAGUUCCACUCCGUGCUGGGAGACCCCUAAUGUCCUUCCAACCGCUGGCUCUUCUUCUUUCUUCCGCCGGGGCCUGAGAGCCGCUGGUCAGCCUGCUCUCUUUGCUCGCGACUACUUUAGCUCUUCUUCUGCUGCAGUUUAUGCGAGCGAGUAUCCUACUGCCUCUGCUGCCGAGUCUCUUUAUGCUCGUGGCUGGUACUCUGUUGCUUCUGGUACUCCUUCUGUUACCACUCCUACUGCUUCGCCUACUCUUGUGGCUCGCGGAUUUGGUGGGCUGUACUCUUCCGCUUCUGUCUCACCUUCCAGCCCGAGUGCUUCCGUCGCUGCCACUCCUCUCGUCGCACGUGGCUUGUUUUCUUCUGCUGCUACCCCCUCUGCCUCGGCGACUCCCUUUGUGACUCAUGUGGCUCGUGUGGCUCGCGACCUUGGUGACCGGUUCUCUUCCGCUUCCCCUUCUUACUCUAGCGUGAAUGUCCCUCUGUCUCCUACUCCCCUCGUUGCCCGCGGUUUACACGCUUCUCCCUCCGGCACUCCCUCCAGCUCUAGCAUCACUACUUCAGCUGCUCCUCUUGCUGUCCGUGGCCCCUAUGGCUGGUACUCUCCCGUCCCCAGCGCUUCCUCCGUUGCCACACCUUCUGCCUCUCCCGCUCUUGUGGCCCGUGGCGUCCGCAGCUGGGGCUCUUCCAGUGUUUCUUUGCCUGCCUCCAGCACUUUCGCUGCAUCGGCUACUCCUGUGGCCUACUAA